AUGCGGGUGACGCCGUGCCAGGCCGCCCUGGCCGCGGCCAUCGCCCUCAACCUGCUGCUCCUCUACUGCGCCCGGCGCGGCCUCCCCUCCCGCCCCUCGGCGGCGUCGCCCCCGCCGUGCCGGCCCCCGCGCGGCGCCCGCGGCGUCACCGUCGUGCUGCGGGACUUCGAGGACUUCGACAACGACCUGGCGGGCACGGCCCGCUCCUUCGCGGCGCUGCCCGUGCCGGUGCUGGUGGCGGCCGAGGCGCCGCCGUACCCGCCGGUGCCGCUGCCCGCGGGGGCCGCGCUGCUGCCGCUGCGCCCGCGGCCCGACCGGGCCCCGCCGCCGCGCCCGGAGCUGGCGGUGCGCACGCGGCACGUGGCGCUGGUGCCCGACGGCGCCCGCGCCGCGCCGGGGCUGCUGGAGCGCAUGAGGGACGCGCUGGAGGACGGGGACGGCGGCGGCGCCCGCGUGGUGGCGGCGCCGGUGGGCCCGCGGGCGCCGCGCUGCCUGGCGCUGAGCGUGGACCUGCGGGCGUGGACGGCGCGCUACGGCCCCGCCGGUAACGGCAACGGCAGCGCCGCGGGGGACUGCCUGGCGCUGGAGGGGGCCCCCGCCGUGCUCCUGCUGCGCACCCGCGACCUGUUCGCGCUGCCCUUCCCGCUGGCGCGCCCGGUGCCUGCCGCGCUGGCCCUGCAGGCCGCCCUGCGCGGGUGGCGGCUGCGCCUGCUGCCCGACGCCUUCCCGGCCGCCCGCCGCCCCCCGGCGUCCCCCCACGGGCGCUGGAAGGCCGAGGGCCUGGCGGAGGCGCGGCGGCGGCGGCUGCUGCGCGACGUGGGGGUGAAGCUGGAGGUGCUGGCGGACGGGCGGGAGCGCUGGCACGGCUGCGCCAAGGACACGCCGCGCUGCUUCGGCACCGUGCACGCCCGCACGCCGCAGUACCUGCUGGCCGGGCGCUGGACCCCGCCCUGCUGCCUGCGGGCGCUGCGCGAGACCGCCCGGCACGUGGCCCGCGAGCUGGAGGCGGCCGGCGUGCGGUACUGGCUGGAGGGGGGGUCCCUGCUGGGCGCCGCCCGCCUCGGGGACAUCAUCCCCUGGGACUACGACGUGGACCUGGGCAUCUACCGCGAGGACGCCGGCAAGUGCCGCUGGCUGGCGGCCGUGGCGGCCGAGGGGCGGCCGGUGGAGGACGCCGAGGGCUUCGUGUGGGAGAAGGCGGCCGAGGGCGAGUUCUACCGCGUGCACUACAGCCGCAGCAACCGCCUGCACGUGGACCUGUGGCCCUUCUACGCCCGCGGCGGGGUGAUGACCAAGGACACGUGGCUGGGCCACCCGCAGGACGUGGAGUUCCCCGAGAGCUUCCUGCGGCCCCUCGUGCCCGUGGCCUUCGCCGGCUUCACGGCCAUGGCGCCCAACAACGCCCGCGCCUUCCUCGAGCUCAAGUUCGGGCCCGGCGCCAUCGAGAACCCCGAGUACCCCAACCCCGCCGUGAAGCGGCUCGAGAGGGACUGAGGGGCACG